AGACUUUCCUCAUCAUGUAUGAAAUCAGUCCUCUCAUUUUCUAUAUGAGAUUCACGGAUCAAACCUGCGUCUGCAUUGUCUGUCAUUGUGGUAGGCAGAUUUUGAGAAGCCACAGUUUCUGGAUAUGAUGCUAAACAGUACAAAAACAAAUACAGCAGGAUCAUUUCCUAUAAGGAAGCUAUGAAAAUCUCUUGAGGCGGCAGUCAGCCACCACGGAGUCUCCGCUGUCACUUCACCACAGUCUGGAUACACUUCUCUAAAUAAAGAUGUUUGGAAAGAUGAUGACGAACAGCGAUUCAAAAGGCUCAGAAGGCAAUAAAGGUUAAUAUGAUGCUGGGAUGUGAUGUCUUGGCAAACUAGUAAACUACUAGUCCCUGCGGCAAUGUAAGAGACAUAUAUAAGAAGGCAGUUACUGAUGACUCACGGCGACAAUGUCCCAAACAUGGUCCAUCUUCACUGCUGUCACUGUGCUGGUCCUGCAGCUUUGCAUAGGUGAGAAAUCCUGUGCCAUCUGGUCCAGCGCUGGACCUCUGGUGCAGCGAGGCUCCAGUUUUAAGGUGUACUGCACCUUUGACUGCAUAGACAGGGGAUCCAUGUUCAGCGACCAUCCGCCCACACCACAGAAGCACGAAGAAUUGAAUUCUACAACCAUAUAUUUUAAUGUGUUAAACAUAACCAAGAACCGAACAUACAGCUGUCAGUGUUCCGGUCCUCAUCCUCCAGACCCCUGUGGACUGGACAUCUCAGCUGGAUACCCACCUGAGCGCCCUAAAAACAUUUCAUGCAUCUCCAAGGUCAUAAACAAUGAAAGGGAAGUUGUGUUCUGCACAUGGAACAGAGGACGAGACACUUAUCUUAGGAACAGUUUAGUGCUGUGGGUGAGAACUGUGUCUGGAAACCACACGGAUGGACCAGUGUCGUACAAAGUCUCCAGUAAGGGAACUGCUAUACCGUCAGCUAAUUUCAGUGUGUCCAGAUCUGUCCAGCUGAUCUCUGUGUGGGUCCAAACCCAAAAUCCCCUGGGCUCUGCAGUGUCCAUCAUCACCAACUACACACUCAGUGACAUUGUGAUGCCAUCGACGCCUGUUCUUGGCCAACCCGAGUGCUCUUCCCGAGAGUGCAUCAUCAAAGUGGAGCAGUCUGUGAGGACUCAGCACCUGGAGAUCCAAUACAGAGCAGAAGCACCGACAUGGACAUCUUAUUCAGACUCAGGUGUGCAGAUGGGUUCGGAACAGGUUUGGCCAAUCUCCUCUCUGGAGCCCUACAGGUUGUACCAUUUCAGAGCCAGAUCCAAAUUUAGCACCGGCCUGUGGAGUCAGUGGAGCGAAAACGUUGAUAGCUGGACUCAAGAGGAGGCUCCUGCCAAAGAGUUGGAUGUGUGGUACGCUGAAUCUGCCACUGACUCUAAAUCCCUGAGAGUUUAUUGGAAGGAGGCAAACAUUUCCAUCGCUAGAGGGAAAAUCAUAGGGUACAAAGUCAAAGUGUACAGACCAAACACUGGACUGGUCUCCAACACUAACAUUAGUGCCGAUGUCAGGAAUUAUUCAGUCCCGUUCUGUGCCAACUGUGAGGUGACAGUGUGGGCUUGCAACUCCAAAGGGCUUUCCCCUCCUGCCAGAAUUACAAUCCAUCACACAAAAGCCAAGCCCCUUCAGGAUGUGCAAGUAACUGCUGGCAACCACACCAUCUCCUGGAGUAAGCCUGAAACUGCACCGCUACAUGCGGCAUAUGUGGUGGAGUGGUACCCAGAGGGCCACAAGCUGGAGGAGCUCAGAUGGGUCAGACUGGGCAGGAAUGAAAACCAUGCUGUUAUUACAGGUAUUAAGCCAUUUGAGUGCUACGAGGGAGCAGUGUAUGUUUUCUAUAAUGAGAGCUCAGUGAGUAGGACCAGAUUUACAGGUGUCACUUCUUUGGAAUCAGCCCCAGCAGCUGGUCCAUCAGUCCAAAAGAAGAUUGAGGGAAACAAAGUGAAAGUGACCUGGACAGACAUUCCCAGGGGUCAGCGUCGGGGUUGUAUCACCAAGUAUACCAUCUAUUUACAGAUCGGCAGCGGAGACCUGCAGCCUUACUCUAUAUCGACAUCCGAGAGGUUGUAUAUCAUCAAAGACCUGUCUCCAGCUGACUACAGCCUGUGGAUGACUGCUUCAACUGCUGUAGGAGAAGGCCCUGCAGGUCAAAAGAUCCAUUUCUUCAUCCACCAGAAUACCCAACUAUCCCUUCUACUAGUGUGUGUAGUCGUGUCUCUGAUCACGCUGUUUCUGCUGUGUCUGUGCCAGAGUUCAGCAGUGAAGCAGAGGUUCUGGGUGUUUUUCCAGUGUCUCAUGCUCGAUGCUGUGCCAGAUCCUGCAAACAGCAAAUGGGCAAAAGAGUGUGCCCAGGAGAAGGGCAAGUUGAACCUCCAGCUGCAGUCGACUCACUCCAGUGUAACCCAAGAGGAAGAACAGCCCAUCCUGGUGGAUGUUGAGGAGCUGCCCAAGCAGAGCAGUGACAUCUGCACACCUACAAACGUCUCCUCGCAGCUCCCUCCUCAAACCAGCCUGAGCCCCAUGACGGAGCCAGCCACUCUGCUCUACCCUCUUACCACUUACAUCAAGAGCUUCUCCCACGACUCGGACAGCUCCGACCACACGCAGACCUCUCUGGACACGAACACAACCGUCGACUACAUCUCAUCACACGGGCUGGGAAAUAUGGACGAGGAGAAGGAGGAGGAGGAGUACGAGGACGAGGAAGAAAUGCUGGGUUUCUUCCCCAGUCACAACAUCUUUAUAGAGUCGCUGGAGUUUGGAAGGAAGUUGACUCUAGAUGCGGUCAAAAUUAACUGCAAUGACUUCUUUCAGAACAGUUAGUGUUAACCUGAAACCAGAACUCUUUGGUGAGAUAAGUUUUGAGUGAAAACAUUUUUUAGAGGAAGAAGACUGCUAAUCGAAAGAGACUGGACACAAUGACAAUGUUUCAGUGUCAGUUUCACACAUCUCACUGAGAUGUGCUUGAACUACCUCUUUGCUCAUUGAAAUCAGAACUGUAACAAAAACAGCUUUCGCUGAAGUUUUCCACAGCUGUUAUUUAGUAACUUUUGACUGAAAAAGUACUUUUGUUGUCAUUUCAUGCAUUACCAUUGUUUUCUCUUCAGAGCAGCAUUGGACACACUAAUACCAUGACCAAAAUGCACAAAGUACAGGCUGAGAGUAUAUCAGAAAUAGUCAUUUCUGCCGGCUUGAAUAAGGCAUCCAGGUGCUGACAGCACUGAUUGGCCUUUUUCUCAGCAGACAUUUUGACUUAUAGUAGGAGAAGCACAUGACACAGUAAGCCGCAACAGUGAUCAAGCAUGAACAGCAGGAUCCUGAAAUUGAAGCAGCUAAGUCAACAGACUGGAAACUGUUUAAGACUGUUUUGAGCAGCAACCUCUAAAUGGUUUGCAACCUAUCACUGUCUCUAUUUGGGAAUCAGCUCAUAUACAAAACUUUUUUGAUUUCUUAAUUUAGUUACACAUCCUUAAUGGGAGUCUGAUUUGUCUGUUUUAAUGUAAAUGCAAAUAAACAGGUUAUUUCGUCCUCUGCACUUGGAAGCACUGGCA